GGCGUGUGAUCCGGGCCAGGCGCUGCUUCCGCUUCCACUUCCACUUCCACUUCCGGGCCGGGGUCCGGAUCGUUGCUGCUGCGGCCGGGACCGGCGGGCAGAGCCAGUACCGCUGUGAGAUUAGAGCUGGAUUCCAUUAGUUAACGUGUGCAUCACCAGAAUUGCUCAGCAUGUUCCAGUAUCAGGGACUCCUUGUGGCUGGUGAUGGGUGAGCCUGAAAGAACACAGCUUGACUUGUACAUCCCAGGGUCCCUUUUUUGAUCUCCUUCCAAAGACAAGAGGCCCUAGCUUGCCAGGAAUCUGUAUUAACUGUAUUCAGGCUGGACUGAGGAUGGAAGGUGUUGAAUUUAAGGAAGAGUGGCAAGAUGAAGAUUUUCCUAGGCCCUUGCCUGAGGAUGACCAUGCUGAAGCAGAUACGUCAGAUGCAACUGGAAGAGAGGGACAGCCUGAGGUUAAUGGAAACAAAGUUAAAAAGAAAUUAAUGGCUCCAGAUAUUAGUCUAACAUUGGAUCACAGUGAAGAAUCAGUUUUGUCGGAUGACUUGGAUGAGAGUGGGGAGAUUGAUUUGGAUGACUUGGAUACUCCAUCUGAGAAUAGUAAUGAGUUUGAAUGGGAAGACGAUCUUCCAAAACCAAAAACUACUGAAGUAAUUAGGAGAGGAUCGCUUUCUGAAUAUACUGCAGCAGAAGAGAGAGAGGAUGGGCGACGCUGGCGUAUGUUUAGAAUUGGAGAACAGGACCAUCGGGUGGACAUGAAGGCAAUUGAACCCUAUAAAAAAGUUAUCAGUCAUGGAGGUUAUUAUGGUGAUGGGUUAAAUGCCAUUGUUGUGUUUGCUGUCUGCUUUAUGCCUGAAAGCAAUCAGCCAGACUACAGAUAUCUAAUGGACAAUCUGUUUAAGUAUGUUAUUGGCACUUUAGAAUUAUUAGUAGCAGAGAACUAUAUGAUAGUUUACUUAAAUGGUGCUACAACGCGGAGAAAAAUGCCAAGCUUAGGCUGGCUCAGGAAAUGUUACCAGCAAAUUGACAGAAGGUUAAGGAAAAACCUGAAAUCACUAAUAAUAGUUCAUCCUUCCUGGUUUAUCAGAACACUUCUGGCCAUCACAAAACCUUUCAUUAGCUCAAAAUUCAGCCAAAAAAUUAGGUAUGUCUUUACCCUGGCAGAGCUAGCUGAACUCAUCCCCAUGGAAUACGUUGUCAUACCAGAAUGCAUAAAACAGUAUGAAGAAGAAAAAUUUAGAAAGAAACACAAAAGAGUUGACCAAGCACUCAAUGGGAAACAAGAACAGAAAAGUGAACCGUGAGUUUGGAGCCCAAACAAGACUGAAGAAUGUGCAGAUGGAAUGAUGCUUUUUUUUUUUUUGCAUUUACAAUGCAUUCAGUAGCCUGUAUUAUAUAACCUGUUACAAAAGGUGCCUUGAUUUCUCUGGACUAGUAAACAGAGGACUGUUCACUGCUGUAUUGGUUUAAUUCUUGACUUUAAUAGCUAUCUUUUUAUACGUAAUCAUGUUAUAUUGCUAAAUGUCAAAAACCUAGCUGUUGAUAAAAGGCAUUCUUGCAAUUGUUUAUCUAAAUGAUGCAUGUUCUUCAGUAAAAUAUUUAUAUACCUAAAUGUUAAACGAAAGAGAUAAUAUAUAUUUUUAUGACUUUUUUUGAGCAAUAUUUUGUUUACCUGCAGAAAUGUUUGCAGGUAGACUAGGCCAUGAAUGACUGCUGUCAUUAUUUUAUAAAGUGCAUGAUGACUUUUUUUGCUGUAAAUGGGUAAACACAUUUUUUGGGUGUUGUGAGCCUAAUGUUCUGAGAUGCUAAUGUUCACGUGGUGCACUUGUCACACUUGUGUGAUGAUGCUCGUUUUUGUUCACACACCUAAUACAAACGGAACUAAUUUCCACUGCCAGAAUGAACUUGAGCUUUGGCUUCUUUAUUCUGUUUUUAUUCAAAAGGCAGAACUGUAGGUCUUUCAGUUUUGUCCAUGCUUUGUUUGGUGUUUUAAGUCCCUCUAUCUCAACUGAGCAAUUCAGAUGACUAAUUGCACACUGAACCUUUCACUCUAGGAUCACUAAUUUUAAUUUUACUUAGAUGUUUAGUAAAUGGUAACUGAACAAACAACAGCUUUUUAAUAUGAAAUAAACUUGUCCAGUUUCUUUUGAGCUGUCAGCUGGCGUUAAUAUAAACUAGGCAUUCUUGACGAAGAAAAAAAUUGCCUGGGGACAAAGACUGAAAUUAACUUUAGCCAAAUGUAAUAAACUGUUCAGGUGUGAUUGAGGUACCCUAGAAAAGUAUAGAGAAUCUUGCACUGUAUACCUCCAUGCUUUGUAGAAAGAUCUUCCAUUUCCAGUGCUAUCUGGCACUUUUCAACAGCACUAAAUUCACUUUAAUGAAGUAGUAUCUUUUUUUUCUUUUUCUCUCUCCUUUAAUGGUUGUCAAAUUUUCACUCGAUGUUCUUGGGCACGUAAGCCAAAGUUUGUUCUGGUAACUAAAUACAUGCUCUGCUUUUCUGAUUUGUCUAAUACAAUGUGUAGGAACUCUUGAAUCUAUUUGGUAAUCAUGCCCUACUGCCUGUAAGAACUGGUGUAAGUGAAUCUGUUCACGAGCUAAAUGUUUAGCUGAUAUUAAAGCAAACUUAUUUAAUAUUUUCA